AUGUUUGCAGGCUUCGCUCCCCCGCAACAGUCUCCCGAGGAGAUUCGGGCCAUGGAAGCUGAGGCGGCUUUCACCGUCCAGCAGGUGGCCGCGACCGCCUUCAUGCUAUAUCUAUGUAGGUCCUCGGUUGCGUCCUUCGUCUGCGACCCAUACUGA